CUAGCUAGAAGUGAUUCUGAUCAGUCUCUUUCGAAAACUACGAUUCAAACAUAGAAGCUUAACGUUUAGAAGUUAUUAGUAUGCAGCAAGUUCUCACUCGAAUCUAACUUCAAGCAUUUACACUGAUCGAUUAAUUGAUCGAUCUAUCAAACAUUACGAUUUAUCGGUGUUGGUUAUUUCUGAGUACGUGGUCACAUUAGGUGUAUGUAUUUAUGUUAAGUGAAUAUACUUGAAAGUGGUGUAACUUUGCAGUCAAUUGCGCGGGAUAUUUGCCAUUUGUGCAUUUUCAUAAUUUGUCUGCGUUUAACUUUAGAAGAGGAUCAACAGGUAAAACGAGCAGACUACCAACAUGCGUAUAUUAACAGGAAGUUUUUGGUUGGUAACUUUUGCACUAACAAUGGCAAGGGCAGAAAAUAAUGUUGAAGCACUACAUGCUGUAUCAUUGGGCGCAAAUCAAUUUUCCUCUUCUCUAUUUCAGGCUGUUAUAGAAGAAAAGCCUGGCAAUCUUAUAAUAUCUCCUUUGAGUGCAGGUAUUGUUCUUGCUAUGGCUGCUUUUGGAGCUCGUGGAAAGACAGAAAGCCAGUUUAGAACAGUGCUUCAUCUUCCAUCGCCAGAUAGCCUUGCCACAUGUGGUUAUCAAGCACUUAUUGAUAAUCUUAAUAAUGUCCAUGAAAAUAAACUGGCCUUAGCAAACAAAGCUUUUAUAGCUGAAAAUUUCAAUAUAAACUCAAGUUACAAAGAUCUAACACAAACAUAUUUCCGUUCUGUUACUCAAUCAAUAAACUUUGCUAAAUCUCUGGAAGCUGUAAAUAUUAUUAACAGAUGGGUUGAACAAAACACAAAUAAUCUUAUUCAAGACAUUAUAAAUACUGGUGACAUAGAUGAUUCAACAGCAUUAGUACUUAUUAAUGCAGUAUAUUUUAAGGGUCAAUGGAAAAAUAAGUUCAGUCCUGAUCAUACUAAAAAUAUGCCAUUCAAUGUUAAUAAGAAUACAGUAAAACAAGUUCCAACAAUGUAUAGACAAGGUACCUACAAAUAUGGUGAACUUGCAAAUUUAAAUGCUAAAUUUAUCGUAAUACCAUACAAGGGCGAUGAAUUGAGUAUGGUCAUAAUUCUUCCAAAUGAAAUUGAUGGCUUGGCUGAAGUUGAAAAAAAAUUACAAACCACAAGUUUAACUGAUAUACUAAAUCAAGGCUUUGAACGUGAAAUACAAUUAUACUUACCAAAGUUCAAAAUUGAAAGUAAAAUAGAACUUAAUAAUAUUUUACAAAAGAUGGGCUUAAUCGAUGCAUUUUCACGAAAUGCUAAUUUUUCUGGAAUUUCUGAUGAAGAGUUAGUAGUUACUAAGGUUGUACAAAAGGCAUUCAUUGAAGUAAAUGAAGAAGGUAGUGAAGCUACUGCUGUUACUGGUCUCGGUGUAAGGCCUCUUUCGAGCUUUUGGUCACCGGCGAAGCCCAUUCAGUUCUACGUCAAUCGACCAUUCCUGUCGAUUAUUAAAUACUACAAUGUAAUUUUGUUCUUAGCAAAUGCUAUACCAUAGGGUUCCAAUAUCGUUUUAAUACGAUGUACAGAAUUUUCAUGACUUUUUUUAUUUCUAUGGUAUUAAAAAUUGAAUUAGGGAUCAAUAGUAUACGCCGUAUUGUGCACUGUCUUGCCAAUUUUUUCUUAUUUUAAUAUAAGUUGC